UUUAUUUUACAGAACUGGAUAUCAAAAGGAUCUGUUCUUGAAACAAUGGCAUCAAAAUCAUCACUCCUUAAAGUAAUCCUACUAGGAGAUGGAGGAGUUGGGAAGAGUUCAAUUAUGAACAGAUAUGUCACAAACAAGUUUGAUACCCAGCUGUUCCACACAAUAGGGGUCGAAUUCUUAAAUAAAGACCUGGAAGUGGAUGGACACUUUGUUACAAUGCAGAUAUGGGACACUGCUGGUCAAGAGCGUUUCAGAAGCUUGCGGACUCCUUUCUACAGAGGCUCUGACUGUUGUCUUCUUACUUUCAGUGUAGAUGAUUCACAAAGCUUUCAAAAUCUGGGUAACUGGAAGAAGGAAUUUAUUUACUAUGCAGAUGUCAAAGAGCCUGAAACGUUUCCUUUUGUGAUAUUGGGGAACAAAGUUGAUAUAAAUGAGAGGCAAGUAUCUAUGGAAGAAGCCCAAGUCUGGUGCAGGAACAACGGCAACCAUCCCUAUUUUGAAACCAGUGCAAAAGAUGCCACUAAUGUUGCAGCAGCUUUUGAAGAAGCUGUUCGAAGAGUUCUUGCCACUGAUGAUAGGUCAGAUCAUUUGAUUCAAACAGAUACAAUAAAUCUUCAUCGGAAACCCAAGACUAGUUCAUCAUGCUGUUGACUACUUAAUUUUAUUUCUUGGCCAUAUAGUUCUAACUUAAUGGGAUAAUAAUAGAUCAAAUAUACAAUGGGUGCCACUCUAAUAUAUUGUAAUAUUCUACUGCUUUACUGGUAGAGGAGAGCUUCUGUUCAAUAAGUGACCUAUUAGCUGAGUUAGCAGUGUCUGACGUCUGAAAAGGUACCUGCUCAGAGCUCAUUUAAUUUAAAUGUGUAAUUUGCAAAGUUAAUAAAUUAUACUAAAACUUGAAAGUUCUAGAAGCACUACUUGGAGGAGGUCUUGUUCUGAAACUGAGAUGCAGAAAUAAAUUUUUAUAUGUACAUAUAUAUUUUUAUGAUAUCAUCAAUCCAUGUUUGCUUCACUAAAACCUUUUCAUAAAGCAAUAAUACUGGAUAUUAUAUUUGUGGUCUUGUUUCACUUCUCAUCUUUAAUGUGAUUUUUUAUUCUAAGUUAAGAUGAAUUUCUUAAGGGCUUUUGCUGUUUGCCUGGUGUCACUAUACUGCUUGUAGAUUUUAAGUUAGGAAAUAAACCUGCAUACAUA